UUAUUACCCAGUGCCCCCCCCCCAUGUCCCCCUUCCUUCCAUUUCCCUCUCUCUGUCAUUCUCUCAGCGCUUGGUUCUAAUUUUGGAAGCAUGGAACCUCGGGGAGCGCUCUCCCAAAGCUAUUUACGUCCUCCCCCACCUCCCCCUCCUCCCUCUCCUCAUCUCCUCUCCCUCUCGUCGGCCGGGAGGAGAACAGCAUGAAGAUCCUUUGAUGCAACCGAGCAGGGGAAUUCUGCUUCUCCUCGUCUCUCUGGAUUUUUUGUUGUUAGCUGCGGAAAAAGUGGCGAAGAGGCUGCAGCAACGGAUUCCUCCCAUCACGCCUCAGCUUUAUGGAAAUGUUUAAAAAAAAAAUUUACAGGCUACACACAGCAUCUGGAAUUUCUCUGAUUGCCUCCUGGUCGGGGUUUUCUUGUUCAGUUUGGUUGGCAAAGACUCAGUGCACCAGAGGAAACAAACUUUUUUCCCUUCUUUUUUCUUCCAUCUGCAACCUACCAGCCACUGCCACUGCUUUAAGAUCCGGAAAAGUUCUCUGCAUGGAUCAGGACUCCAGGUGAUGUAGACUGACCGGAGAAAGUCACAUUUCAGCUUAUUGCAAAGACUGAAUUCAAGCUGUGCAUCUUUCCCGUUUUGCCGAUUUGGAUUGCUUCCUCCAGCCGAGCAAAAAGGCAAAGAUCUCUGCAAGCUGCAUCUGAGGCUCCACCACUAGAAACAGAAAGCAGGAGCUUCGUCCUAGGUGUCAGGGACUGGCCAGCACGGACUGAAGAGCCAGACAGCACUGUCAAUAAAUCAAACUGAACAGGAUAUCUAUCACAAUAAAAGCACAUUGGAGGCUUUUCUGCAUUCUCUUUGGGAUUUUUGAUGGAAUUAACGGUAUUUUCACCCUCCAAAUCAGUUAAAUGAUGAUCAUUAUUACAAGAAAAGCUCAGAAAACAAUUUUUGAAGUUUUCUAUUUUUAAGUAACCGAUUCAUUCAUUUCAAUCCCAGACUGAGUAAUCUUUGAUAAAAUCUUUUUGAAAGAAUCUUUCAGUGCUUGGCAACUUGAAUCCUAAACGGAGCUAUGCCGAUAUCUCGGAAGAAGAACUGACUUGGUGUUUUAUUCUGUGACAACGAAAUAGAGCUGCCUCUUGUCGGGGCAUGCUGUUGCAUCCCACGGUGUCAGGAUUGUGCACCAUGUUGCAGACCAUCUACGAGACGGAGUCCUGUUUCUCCUCCGCCAGCACAGACAGCCACCACCAGCCUCUGGAGCUCCUGAGUGGCAGCAGGGGCUCCAGCAGCACUACCAUGCCCACUGCCGUAGUGGAGGUGAAGAGCAGCCUCCCAUCGGGCAUGCAGAGCCCAGGAGGAACAGCAAGCGAGCAGCGAGGAGGAGGUGGAGAAGUGGGUGGGGGUCUGGGAGAAGGCCCAGGAGCAGGAGGCGGAGGCGGCCCAGUGGAUCUGCGGACAGAGCCCAGGGCGGGCUCUCUGUCGGCGGGCGCGGCGGCGGUGGACACGGCCAUGAGGGAGCAGCAGCUCCAGCAGGAGCUGGUGCUACUGAAACAGCAGCAGGAGCUGCAGAAACAGCUGCUGUUUGCAGAGUUCCAGAAGAAACACGAAGUGCUCACCAGACAGCACGAGGUCCAGCUGCAGGAGCACCUGAAGCAACAACAGGAGCUAUUGGCGGCGAAGCGGCAGCAGGAGCUGGAGCAGAAGAGGAAACUGGAGCAGCAGAGACAUGAAGAGCAGGAGAAACAUCGGCUGGAGCAACAGCUGCUGCUGCUCCGGAACAAGGAGAAAGGCAAAGAGAGUGCCAUUGCCAGUACAGAGGUGAAGCUGAAGCUGCAGGAGUUCCUUCUGAACAAGAAAGAGCCGGGCAUCGGCGGACUGAACCAUUCCUUCUCCCCAAAGGGCUGUCUCAGAGCCCAACCUGAAGGUGCGUUCACGGCUGAAGCAGAAGGUGGCAGAGAGGCGGAGCUCUCCGCUCCUUCGCAGGAAGGAUGGGACCGUCAUCAGCACCUUUAAGAAGAGAGCCAUAGAGAUAUCAGUCUCCUCUCUCUGUAGUAGCGCUCCAGGUUCAGGUCCCAGCAGCCCCAACAGUUCCAACUCAGCAAUCUCCAAUGGCAACACAGGGUCGGUCCCCAACAUACAGACCGAGCUGAGAUCUCUUCAUCAGACGCUGGGGGCUGAUGGGACAUUAAGUCCUCUGAAUCUCUACACCUCGCCCUCCUUACCGAAUAUCUCCUUGGGGCUCCCUGCCAACACACACAUCACACCCUCCCAAGCACUGUCUAACCAGCAAGAGGCUGAGCGCCAAGCCAUCCAAUCACUGCGAGGGGGCGGAGCUCUAACAGGGAAGUUUCUCUCCACAUCGUCCCUACCCGCAGGCGUGGGCCAUGAGGUAGAGACACCCCCCCCUACCUCUCAUUCUGCCCAUUCCUCGUUGUUGCAACAUGUACUACUGCUGGAGCAGGCCAGACAGCAGACUGCAAUGCUAGCUGUCCCCAUGUACAGCCAGUCGCCGCUGGUUACGGCAGAGAGAGGCGUGCCCAGUGGCAUGCGGGCCGUCAACAAGUUGCCUCGCCAUCGGCCGCUGGCUCGGACCCAGAGUGCACCUCUGCCCCAGUCCCCCCAGGCCCUGCAGCAGCUGGUGGUCCAGCAGCAGCACCAGCACUUCCUGGAAAAACACUACAAGAUGCUAUCCAAGGGGACCGAGCUGCCCAGGCCGCCGCCCACCCACCCAGAGGAGACAGAGGAGGAGCUAACAGAGACCAAUGACAUGCAGGAGGACGACGAGGGGACAAGCCUCCACAGGCUUCAGAAGGAGGGGUCAGACGACAGCACGCCCUCCUCGGAGCAGGCCUGCGUGCACGUGAAGGGCGACGAGGAGCACGGAGGCAUGCGCGUGAAGGGGGAGAGUACAGAGAGCGAGCUGGAGGAAGAGGACGAGGAAGACGACGCCAUCCAGCUGAGGGAGUGCGACGAAGAGGAGAAGGGGAGCUACACACAGGCCUUGCAGCAGCUGGGUGUGUUCCAGUCCUUGUUGCCCCAUAGACCUCUGGGAAGAGCGCAGUCGUCCCCCGCAGCCACUGUCAAUCCCAUCAAACACCUCUUCACUACAGGACUUGUGUAUGACAGUCUGAUGUUGAAGCAUCAGUGUGUUUGUGGCAACGCACACAUCCACCCAGAGCAUGCUGGGAGGGUGCAGAGCAUCUGGUCCAGACUGCAGGAGACGGGCCUGCUGGGCCGCUGUGAGAGGAUUCGGGGGCGUAAAGCGUCUCUGGAUGAGAUCCAGUCUGUCCAUUCAGAGUUCCACACUCUGCUGUAUGGAACCAGUCCGCUUAAUCGACACAAACUGGACCACAAGAAGCUGCUGGGUCCAAUCAGCCAGAAGAUGUAUGCAGUUCUUCCCUGCGGAGGAAUAGGGGUGGACAGCGACACGGUGUGGAACGAGAUGCACUCGUCAGCGGCGGUCCGCAUGGCGGUCGGCUCAGUCAUCGAGCUGGCCUUCAGAGUGGCGUCAGCAGAGCUGAAGAAUGGCUUUGCAGUGGUGCGUCCACCCGGUCACCAUGCUGAGGAAUCCACUGCCAUGGGGUUUUGUUUCUUUAAUUCAGUAGCCAUCACUGCCAAGCUGCUCCAACAGAAACUAGGAGUGGGCAAGAUCCUCAUUGUGGACUGGGACAUUCACCAUGGCAACGGCACCCAGCAGGCCUUCUACACUGACCACAACGUCCUCUACAUCUCCCUCCAUCGCUACGACGAUGGAAACUUCUUUCCUGGCAGCGGUGCGCCUGAGGAGGUGGGAUCCGGUGCAGGUGUUGGUUUUAAUGUGAACAUAGCGUGGACUGGUGGAGUAGAGCCACCUAUGGGUGACGUGGAGUACCUCACUGCUUUUAGGAGCGUGGUGAUGCCCAUCGCCCAGCAGUUCAGUCCAGAUGUGGUUCUGGUGUCUGCAGGCUUCGACGCGGUGGAGGGUCAUCAGUCUCCUCUGGGAGGAUACAACGUCUCCGCCAAGUGCUUCGGUCAGCUGACGCAGCUGCUGAUGGGUCUGGCGGGCGGGCGCGUCGUCAUGGCGCUGGAGGGCGGUCACGACCUCACAGCCAUCUGUGACGCGUCGGAGGCCUGCGUCGCUGCGCUGCUGGGAGACCCGUGUGACUCUGGGUUCCAGUGGCCUCAGGAGCAGCCAUGUCCUAAAGCCUGGGCCUCGCUGGAGAGAGUCAUAGAGAUCCAGAGUAAACACUGGUCUUGUCUUCAGAGCUUGUCUCAGACGAGCGGCCACUCGCUAUUGGAGAGUCCUCUCGGGGCUCAGGGCCAAUCAGAGAAGGACGAGGCAGACACAGUCAGCGCCAUGGCCUCCCUGAGUGUUGAUGUGGAGCAGCCAGGCUCGGAUCCUGAUCCAGAGACUAGCAGGUCCACAGAGGAGCCGAUGGAGAGAGCCCGUGUUGUAGGAACCUCGACAAGAAAAAGUCCACACAUCACACCUUCUGGCACCUCCUCUUCCUCUUCCUUUUCCUCUUCUUCCUCAGAAGAACACACACACACACACACACCCAGAGUGGAAUUGUGUCGUUGGCUGAGGAGAACGUUACGGGGGCAGUAAAGAAGGAGACUGGGAACACGGACUCAUCUGGUUUCUACUGGGUCCUCAGCCCGAGGAGGAGCAGACGACUUGUUGGCAUCUCCAUGGAAACCCAGAAAGAGGAGGGUCAGCAGAGACACCAAGACCUGCGGAUUUUCCACCUGUACACCAGCACCACUCCCCACCCCCCCCCCCCCAAUCAUUCUUCUGUCUUUCUAUCUUGUCCCUACUCCUCUGUUUCUGCAGCGGGACAAUGAGUGUGGGACAAGAAUUUGGAAUUCAAAAUGUCAGACACCAAGUGGACGACUUGUCUUCUUGUCCGUCUGUCCAUCUGUCCGUCACAGAGGCCGAGCGAACGUGGGCUUGGCUGGAAAAGGACGAGUAAACCUUUUUUAGAAUGAGCGGAGGAGGAGAAGGAACUAGGUGCCUUUUGAAAAAAAAUAUAUAUAUAUACCUGUAUAUACACACA